UUAUGGUAUUAUCAGGUUGCACAAGAGCUGGUGUGUGCAUGAUACAAAGUGUUUUUUCAAACAAAAGCAUGGAAGAAGUCACAGAAUCUUGCAAGGGCCAAGGGCUAAGAUGGAUGCAGCUGCAACCACUUUUGAGUGAGAGCUGUCUCGUGGAAGAUAUCAUAAAACGAGCUGAAUCUCUGGGCUACAGUGGAAUAGUGAUUACAUGCGAUGAACCAAAUUUUCCUGUGAGAUAUUCAACAAUGAAGGAAUCAAAAAUCAAAAAUGAUGUUAUAAGAAACCCCGAGGUCUUUGGAAACUUCUCCAAAGAAACAAAUGAUAGGAUUUUUUCUUCAGAGUCAAAUUUCCACAGUGAGAUAAAGAAGAAAAUGUUUGAGCCGAUUUCUUGGGACUGGGUUGAUUGGGUGCGUAGUAUUACGACACUACCUAUAAUCCUCAAAGGUAUUCUGAAUCCACAUGAUGCCGAAGAAGCUCUGAAACAUGACAUCCAAGCAAUAUAUGUGUCCAAUCAUGGAGGCAGAGUACUUGACUCUGUGCCACCAACUUUAUAUGCCCUACCUGAGAUUAUUAAAGCAGUCAAUGGAAAGGUUGAGGUUUAUGUUGAUGGUGGAAUACGUCAUGGUACUGAUGUAUUGAAGGCACUAGCACUUGGAGCUAGGGCAGUGUUUGUAGGGAGACCAAUAAUAUGGGGACUGGCAUGCAAUGGUGAGGAUGGAGUCUUUGAUGCAUUGCAAAUGCUAGGAGAUGAACUUCGUGCAGUGAUGGCGUCUACUGGCUGCAAAAGAACAUCUGAAGUUACCCCAGACGUCAUACGACUUGCUUCCAACUAUCAUUCAUAACUUUAAUAUCUAUUCUAUGCACUACUUUGUCAAGAUACAGUUUAUUUCCAAUCCCUAUUGU